AUGUCAAAAAAAUGUCAAUUAGAAUCAGUACUCAGUUAUGGUUCUGAAGGUACUGUAUAUUCUGGCUCAUGGUGUGGUAAAACUGUUGCUAUUAAAGUAUUUUUAAAGAAUUAUGUUCGUCGUGCUGAAAAUGAAAUGAAACUUAUCAAAAAUUUGAAUCAUCAAAAUAUUAUUAAAUAUUUUGAUCUUGAAUAUGAACAAGGAAAUGCUUAUCUUACAAUGGAAUAUAUUACUGGUGGAAAUCUUUAUGAAUUUAUUCAAACAAAAUUUACUUCAUUUUCAUAUUGGACAAUUAUAGGUCAAAUUUUAAUUGAUAUUGCUCGAGGAAUGGUCUAUUUACAUGAUCGUAAUAUUGUUCAAGGUGAUUUAAAAAGUCAUAAUAUUCUUUUACGAGAUGGAAUUCAUCAAGGUGUAAUUUGUGAUUUUGGUAUUUCGAAAUCGCUUGAGGAUGAUAUUGGAAUAAAGAAACGAAAUCAAACUGCCAAAGGAACAAUAAGGUGGAUGGCACCUGAAAUAUGUACUCCACCACCAGAGCAAUCAUCAUUUGAAUCAGAUAUAUGGAGUUAUGGUUGCAUAAUACUUGAAACUACAAGUGGUCAGGAACCUUGGAUUACUCAAUUUAAUGAUGAUGCCACUCUUUUUCGAGCUCUUCAAUGUAAAGACAAUGCACCUGUUUUUGCAAGAAUAUGUGCUAAUCAAUUUGGUCCAUCUCAUAUUUGUAAAUUGCUUAUUGAAUGCUGUUCAUGGUCAAAAACUCAUCGUCCACGUUUUGUCGAUAUUCUAAAUCGUCUUAAAAUUGUACAUGAUGAAAAUGUACCGAUUGAUGAAAAUUUUGAUCAAAUGUCUCUGGAUAUACCCAUCUCGAAUGAUUCAUUGUAUUUUAAUGAAGAUGAUAGCAAAGAAAUACAAUCAAUUCGUUCAUUACAAAAUAAAGACUUAGAUGAUGAUUCUAAGAAAAUGUUACCAAAAUCAAAUCGAUCUCAAGGACGUCUUACUGGAGAAGUUUUUACUAGUAAAGGUAGUGCAAGUGGUCGACCUAUUUAUGAAGGUGUACGUGGUGGACGUUAUUAUUUAACAUCUAGUGGAUCUAAAGUCUAUUUGCAUAAAUAA